AUGGCGCCAACGCCCAUGGCAAUGGGGACCGAUGACAACCGUGGAAAUGGGUCGGCCACCGCGCGGGAAGCCCGUGAUGACGUUAUUGCGCCAGUUCACGAUUCGCAGGCUGUUUCUCGCAUGGGAACGCGAAGGCCCGAAAAUCAAGAAGAGGCAUCAGCCGUUGAAAUAAGUUCGGGACGGCAAAAUUCGCGACAACCAAGCAGAUGGCGAGGAUACUUUGCCAAGAGUGGAAAGCUAAGGCCAUUCAGACUGUUGAGGGAAGAUUUCUUGAACUUCAGAUUGCGAUAUGUUUCGGACUGGGCUGUUUUUAACCAGCUCGUGCUGGCUAGUGCAGUAUAUGUCUUUUUCACCAAUAUCCUGCCAGGAAUCACCUUCGCUAGUGACUUGUACGUCCUGACUGGAGAGUCGUGGGGCACCAUCGAGGUUGUCUUUAGUACUGGCCUCUGUGGAAUAAUCUUCGCCUUGUUUUCAGCACAGCCGUUGACCAUUCUAGGUGUCACUGGGCCCUUCUCAGUCUUGGCUGAGAACAUAUACUCGCUAUCAAUAUUCAAUGCCCACGACUACACCAUGCAAUACGUUACCGAUUUCAGCGCCGACAUAUUCUCACUCCUGAACAGCGUGAUUUACUUCUACAAGGCUGUUCGAGAGCUUCAGCGCACUAAAGCGGUAGUCUCGCUCGCAGCCUUUUUGUACUCGAUCAUUGGUGCUGCCGGGACAUGUCUGCUAGCCAUCUUCUUGUCCACCGCAAUGUCGUGGAAGCCCCUAUUCCACAGGUACAUCCGCAUGGGCUUGACGGAGUAUGCUGCUGCGAUUUCGAUCGUAUUCUUCAUCGGCAUGCCUUAUGUUGGUGACUUGGCACACCUUGAUCACAAUAGGUUGAUGGUGCAAAAAACGUUCAAGCCGUCCUCCCCGGAUCGAAACUACUUCUUUGUGGAAUUCUGGAAACUUCCCAUCGGGUGGAUCUUCAUCGCAAUCAUUCCGGGCAUCAUUAUCACCGUUCUCUUCUACUUCGACCACGAAAUCAGCAGCAUCAUCUGUACGGCUAAGAGAUACGGUAUCCAAAAACCUGGAGGUUACGCGUGGGAUGUCAUGCUCUUGGGCACAACUACAAUCAUGUGCGGCAUUCUUGGCAUCCCCCCUGCGAAUGGGCUUCUUCCGCAAGCACCACUUCAUUCGGAGUCUCUAAUGUACACAGUCGUUGAGGAUCCGCCAGCGCCAGACUCUGAACCUGGUGAAACUCAUCCUGUUAAACCUGUGACGCGAGUCCAUGAGCAGCGAUAUUCACAUUUCAUUCAGGCAGCAGGCAUCUUCAUUUUCGUUAGCCCACCUUUUCAACAUGUCCUAGGUCUCACGCCGACAUCAGUUCUUGCGGGGCUGUUCAUGUUCAUGGGCUACCAGUCGUUGUCCGUCAAUCCUAUCUUGACGAGGAUCUGGCACCUGCUUACGCCUAUUUCGGAGCUGCCAGCGCUACCUCAUGGCGCAUCAUGGGGCGGCAUUCACUUAUACACGAUCUCGCAACUCAUUCUUACCGGUAUCGUAUUUGGCGUAACGUUAACAGUUGCUGCUCCGGGUUUCCCCAUUAUCAUCAUUAUCCUAGUGCCAGUUAGAUUGUUCCUGAUGAACAAGAUAUGGAGUCGGGAGACAUUAAGAUUAAAGCACGUUACGCGCCGGGUGAAGAUAUCCAUCCUCGCUCCAUGGAUUAUGAUGCCCAUUCGCGGACCGACUUGUAUCUUUGAGCCAGCAUGGAGCUCUUUCUGGAAUGCGCCAAAGACGCCAUCCAACCCGCAGUCUGAAUCCCGUGACGUUGCAGACGCCGAACCUGGGACGUACGCUGUUAUCGAUGUGAACCUAACACACCCAAUCAGGCUAAGCCAGCUCGCCAUCGGGUACUGGACACAGGAGCACCGCCCAGGGUGUCUGGUUCACGUGAGCAGCAUCGCGGGACAUGCUUACGGGAUCGGAACACCGCUGUAUUUCGCCAGCAAACACGGCCUUCAUGGCUUCGUGAGAAGUUUGGGAGAUAUGAGGGAUCUUUUGGGGAUCCGUUGUAGUGCCGUCGCGCCGGGGGCUGUCAUGACACCGAUGUGGCACGAAGACCCUGGAAAGAAAGACAUGGCUAGUGGCGAGGAGAGCGAAAGCUUGUUUAUCGAGCCAGAGGAGAUUGCGAGAGCCAUGCUUGAGCUAUGCGAGAACCCUGAGUAUGGCAACGGGACUAUUUUGGAGGUAGCCAAAGGUGCAAAGAGGGUUGUGCCCCUAUACUAUGCCGAGCCACCAAAAGGAGAUGGAGUUGCCCUUCCCAAGUUCUCAGAGGCUUCGAGGAAGGUCUUGGUUGAUGUGAAGGCUGGGGGGUUGAGGGUAUAG